AUGAGCUACGUGGCUGCCUACCUCCUGGCCAUCCUUGGCAACGACUCCCCCAACUCCAAGGACCUGAAGAAGAUCCUGGACAGUGUGGACAUCGAGAGGGAAGAGCGCAUGAAGAAGGCCAUCGGCGAGCUGAGCGGCAAGAACAUCGAAGAUGUGAUCGGGCAGCGGAGCCGUAAGCUAGCUUCCAUGCCCUCUGGUGGUGCCAUUGCUAUUGCUGCCAGUGCUGGUUCUGCUGCCCCAGCUGCUGCUGGUGCUGCCUCUCCUGCUGCAGAGGAGAAGAAGGAAGGAAAAAAAAAAGGAGUCAGAAGAGUCUGA